UGGAAGAAGUUCACUUCGUGCGAACAUUUAAAGGACUAAUCAUGUCUUGUGACGACGGAAAGCUUUUUGUCGGUGGCCUGAACUUUGAUACAGAUGAAAAGUGCUUGGAAUCUGUGUUCUGCAAAUACGGACAAAUCUCAGAAGUGGUGGUUGUGAAGGACCGUGAGACAAAGAGGUCUAGGGGCUUUGGGUUUGUCACAUUUGAGAACGUUGAUGAUGCAAAGGAUGCAAUGGAAGCAAUGAAUGGAAAGUCUGUUGAUGGAAGAAAGAUCCGUGUAGAUCAGGCUGGAAAAUCUUCAGGUGACAGACGUGGAGGUUAUAGAGGAGGAUCAUCUGGAGGGCGAGGAUUUUACCGUGGUGGUGGUGGCAGAGGACGUGGUGGAGACAGAGGCUAUGGAGGAGGCAGCCGAUUUGACAGCGGCAGCAGGAGUGGUGGUUAUGGUGGAUCCAGAGACUACUAUGGCGGUCAAAGGAGUCAAAGUUAUGGUGAUCGUUCAGGAGGAUCCUACAGAGACAACUAUGACAGCUAUACUGCAAACGACUAAAACUCCUGACUCAAGAUCAUCCUUCCAGUGGCUGUAUUUAUAAAGAUUUUUGGAGCUUCGCAAAACAGUUAAUGUGUAGUCUAUUGAAUUGUGUUCACUUUUUUUAUACCAGUUUGUUAAAUUCUCCUGACAGCCUCACUGGU